AUGAAACUCAACGUUCCCGGUGUGAUACAGUCCAUAAGCCCCAUCAUGUCGGAGACAGGUGAUGUUACACCUUGGAUCAAGCGGGCAUAGUCCUGUUCGAGCUCGCACUCCAGGUUAACCAGGUAGGACAAAUCCUGCUGCAAUUUUACCACUAAUGUAAGUCCCAAGCUGUCUUCCCGCUUGUCCAGGUUUUCAAACCCCAGGGGAUCCUCAAAAGCCUCCCAUAACAGCCCAGGCCCAACGUAGUCCUUUCCCUUGGGGAGCUGGUAGGGGAGUAGCCCUGGGUAGAGGUGACCUGCAUGCAAGGUCCAGUAUGAUUCCUCCAACCAUACCUCGAUUUCGACCAACCGCUCUAGUUCUCUUACCCACUUCUCUAGGGACUACUCUCCCAGAAACAACAUUCGUAGGUCGAAUUGGUCUCAUCUGUGUUAGUUGGAAUUUGGGAAAAUUUCUCCGAGGACCCCCACCCAGAGUUCGGUUCGGAGCGUCACCUUCUAUUCUUUCUUUUUUUCCGUUGAGAUAGGGUAAUCCAAACUGCACAGCACCUCCUGUAACUGAAGCUGGGUGUCGAUGCCAGAUACUGCCCGAUGGUACUUGCCUCCCACCUCUGGAAGUAGUGCUGGUUUUCCCACAGCUAGGAAGCCAAUCCACCUCUGCCACCAAUGUAACGGAGCUCCCUGUACCCAUGGCUGGGUACCUCCGCCAAGGACUGCUUCCUAGCUGGAACAGGGGAAAAACCGCAGCACUUCUGCCACCAGUUGCCGUGGCUUAACUGGGGUUCUGGAACCGCUCCGUCCUGGAGCCGAAUGGGGAACUCGCUCUAUCCAUCCCCGGGCACUGGAUGACACUCAGUCCUGGGAGCUCUAGUCCUUACAAGGACUUUCUCUGUUGAAUCCUCCACACUGGAACAGUGAUUAGUCCUUUCCCCUCCCUGUAACCAGGGAGGCACAUAGUUCUGGAAGUACAAGCUGGAAUGGUUUAAUCCGGCCAGAUGGCCUGCUUUUAUACAAUUCUAGACACAGUUAAGCACGCCCCUGACACUCCCACACAAACAAAAUAAUCCCUCUCCUGGACCUGAGAGUGGACUAGUUACCAGUUCCAAACUCCUCCCCUGUGCCUGAGAGGUAGAGUCAGGAACUGAGCUAAUUCAAUUAUCUCCGGACACAAAAAACCCACAAUUUACAGACAUGCCAAAAAUACCUUUAAAAUACAUAAAAGCCCCCUAAACGUUACAUCCCCUGAUAGCCCCGAUCUGGGUGACCAACAUAUCCAAAAAUCACCCAGUUUGGUUAAGGGGUUCGGGAAUUUCCUGGAAGUCCUAAUUUGACCGACCGCACAAGAGGCUCCUGCCCAAAGCAGUUCCAUAAGAUCAGGGCUAGCGGUCGGUCUAGUUCGGUAGUUUAAAACCGAACAAACUACCGAACAUAGUCAAUAGUUGUACCCUGGAGCUUGUUUCCCUUGUUUGUGGUAAUGUUUCCACCGAACAGUUCCCUCCCAAGUGUUGUAGAACCGAACACAGGUGAUGCUGGAAGUCCAGCGGUGUUCGGGAGUUUCUUUUUCCAUGUUCAGUUCCAUCGACUCGACGACCAAACACCGCUGCCUGCUUUCGUGCGAACAAGAUGGCUGCCACCUCGUGGUCGUCCAUAGGAAAUGUGGCCACCCAGACGAACACUUAGAACAGUGUGGUAGAAAUUUUUAUAAAGUAGCAAUUAGGCUUAACAAGCUCCAGGCUGGUCUCCGGGUUCGUGCGGCUGUUCGGUUCCCGAACCAUAUAAUCCAAAUACACGAAUGGAGACUUUUACAGUGUGUAUUACGGGGCCCAUAGUCUAUGGCAGGAGGCUGGCAAGCAGGCUUCUCCAAGUGUGUGGCAAACUCACGUGGGAAGGGGAGUUUGUCACAGUUAUGUUUUCAGUUUGGCAAUUUAGGACUAAAAUUUGAAAAAUAUUUUAAAUAUUUCACUGGGAAAAAGGCUGUUAAAAAAAUUCACAAUAUCCAUGCAUCUUUAGGUAAAUACUAUGUUUAAUCCUUACAUUGGUUAAGUCGCCACCACCAUAAUCUGAGGAGUUUGUCAUUCAGUGAUAAGCUAAGUUUGAAAUAUUAUAUCGAUUUAUUUAUUACUGGCAUUUGUUAAGCUCCAAUAUAUAUUCAUACACACACAUACAUCCUAACUACACAGUGGGAUAUCCUAAAUUGUGGGUUAUUUCCCACCUUCCUGUGUUUGUCCGCUGGUAUUAUGUGUCCGACGUCCUGCAGCAGUCUGACAUGUCUCAUUUUCAGGCAGGUCAGCUAAUUGUGGCUGCUCCCUUCUGACCCACCUAUCAUUCCACAAGAUAAAGGCAAAUAAAAUGUUAUCUAUAUAUAUGUUAGCAAUUCUUUUGUACCUACACAUUUUUAAAUAUCAAUCUGCAGUGAUUAAUGCAUGAUAGGCAAGACACUCAGAGAUCCUUCCAGUAGUUCAAAGGUUAUCUUCCUUUUUACCAUUAUCUUCAGGGCUGAUAAGAUGGGAGACACAUUGCAGCAAUUGCUGGAGAAUGAUGAGCUUAGUGAGUUGCCUGAAAAGGUGCGGCUGAAGAUAGAGAAGGCAUUUUCUAAAAACCAACGCUUGAUAACCAGCUUGGAAGCCACCAAUGAGACUCUCAAAUCAGAUAUGGGUAUGUAUGAAGUCUGAUGUCUCUCAACAGUGGGAGUAGCAAUUAAUUGUCAAUAAAUCAAGUUAUUUCAAUAGGGUGUGUGUAUUGUGAUAACACAAUCUUCCAUAUGCAGUAAGGAUCUUCAGUGUUCACCAUCCCUGCACUCUCCCCUACCUCACAUAUCCAUUUAAAGGGACAUUAUAGUCACCAGAACACUACAGCUUAUUGUAUUUGUUCUGGUGAGUAUAAUCAUUCCCUUCAGGCUUUUUGCAGUUAACACUGUAAUUUCAGAGAAAAUGCAGUGUUUACAUUACAGUUUAGGGGUAACUCCACUGGCCACUCCUCAGAUGACUACUAGAGGUGCUUCCUGGAGCAGUGCUGCAUAGUGUACUUUACUGCCAUUCAGUGUCUCCACCCUCUUCAUGCAGACACUAAACCUUCCUCAUAGAGAUGCAUUAUUUCAAUGGCCAGGGCUGUGUUUGACUUAUGCUGGCUCUGCUCCUGAUCUGCCUCCCUGACAGUCUCUGACAAUCCUAUGGUGAAGCAUUGUGAUUGGCUCACAGAAUCACUUCUGAUAAUGUCAGGCAUGCAGGAAGGUCAUGGGCUGAGCCAACAGCUGCAGACCUGAAUACAAUUAAGAUUUUACGAUAUUUAAGGUGUGGACAGGGGGGAAUAGAUGGUGGUUUUAACAUUAUAGGGUCAGCAAUACAUGUUUGAACCUAUAGUGUUCCUUUAACUGUGAUGUCUCUUAUACCCACUAUAGACAUAUGUACUGCCAGUUCCGGCCUUAGGGGUGUGCGAGCUGUGCGGCCGCACAGGGCGCCAUGCGGCCGACACAGCUCAAACAUGUCCGGCCGGGAUUAUAAAAAAUUGUGGCGGGGCUAAACUGAUGGUGGGGGUGGAGCUAAAAGUGCCAGGUAACUGCUGCAGGGGACGCAGGAAACUUCCCCAACAACCAGCCUCCAGGAGCUGCACUGCCUCCACUCCUCCAUAAUGAAGAGAGGUAACUAUGUGUGGCUGUCUGUCUGUGUGUUUGACUGUCUGCCUGUGUAUCUAUGUGACUGUCUGCCUGUGUGUGAGUGUGUGUGCGACUGUCUGUGUGUGUCUGUGUGUAUGUCUGCCUGUGUGUGUGUGGGUGGCUGUCUGCCUGUGUGUGUGUAUGGCUGUCUGCCUCUGUGUGAGUGAAACAUAGAUGCCUGCCUGUGUGUGUGGGUGGCUGUCUGCCUGUGUGUGUGACUGCAUGUAAGUAUGUGGGGCUGUGAGUGUGUUUACCUGCCUGUAACUGUGUAUGUGUGUACCUGUGUGUUUCUGCCUGAUUCUGUGUAUGUGACUGUCUGCCUGCGACUGUGUGUAUGUGGUGGAUUUGACAGUGUAUAGGUAUAACUGUGUGCAUCUGACUGUGGGACUGUGUGCACAUAACUCUGCAAAAAAAUACACCUGCAUUCACACAUAGACCUAAAUGCAUAUUUUUAUCUCAAUUACAUACCCAUCACACACAGCCAAUAAACCCAGCACAAAUAUCACAUACAACCAAUACACGCAUAUCACACACAGUUAAUACACCCAUUACAAAUAUCACACACAGCCAACACAUAGCAUACAUAUCACACACAGUCAUCACAUACACAGACAACACAAACAUUACAUCAUAUUGUAGUGAGAUGUAUUACAGUGGAGCUCUGGUGAACUUGCGAGACAGUUAUGCAUGGUCUGUACCUUGUGGAGGGGUAGACCAGAUUCAGAUCAGCAUGCCCCUCUCCCAACUAGGUAACAAUAGGAAAGGAGGAAUUAAUAUUUGUUUUUAAAUCAUUAUUAAUUUAAUAAAUCACCUAUACAAUCACUACACUCCUAUACACACUAUACAUAGAUGACGGGUGGGGGGGCUCUGUGAAGAUUUUUCACACAUGGCGGCUAAAGGCCUAAGGCCGGCCCUGUGUCCUAAUACCCUAGUCAUAUCUCCUGCAAAGCCUCUCCAGUUGUAACUCAAGAAGCCCCUCCCAAGCCAUCUCUAUGCCACCCAUUCAUAUCUCCAAUAAUUGUUUCAGCACACCUGCACCCAUUCAGAUUGACAGCAUUUCCUCUCCAGUUAUUUCUCCAGCACCCAUUGUCUCCUAUCCCCAGUCAUGCAUCAUCUGCAGUCACAUCUCAAGUGCCUUCUCCAUCAAUAUUCUCUUGGGAAAACCCUCCACAGUCAGUAUUUUAUUUCCAACACCUCAGACAUAUCUCCUUCACCGUUCUUUAUCCAUAUCUAAUUCAUUUCCCAUGAUAAGAUAGAGAAAGAGGAUUACAUGCAUAUAUGUUAUCCAUUGUGAAUAUUAGGACAAGUUGCAAAAUGUUUACUGCAUGGUAUUCUUGUAUACAAUAAAUAUUUCUCUUUGUUUCAGAGAAAAUUGUAAAUAUUGAAACAGUGCACAAUCAACACAUAGCUUUGGAGGUAAUUAUAUAUUAAUUAAUUAAUUAAUGUAUUUUAGGUCUAAUUUGUGCCCUCAGUAGAUAUGUAUGAAAAGGUCUCUUGUUGGUGAUCAUACCACACAAAAGGUUACAUUAAAAUAAUGUUUCACCCAGUGAUCACAGGAUCUUCUUAAACAAGUGCACAUUGGAAUGUCUUAUAGCAUUUCAAAUUCAUGUAGCAUUGGAAUAUGGACACAAUACUGGGGAUCUCUUCUCAGAUACUUCCCAUUUUCUGGAAACCACAGUGGAUCUGGAAACACCUACCCUAUUUCAAAUUUGUGUGCAAUUGUGUUACUUUGUAGCUGUUCGUUUACAUUUUUUUUUCAUCUGAAUAGGGAUUUUGAUUGUUCUCUGCAUUUAUUUAUCUUUCUUUUAGAGCGAGUUAACAAGAAUCAAAGAAGAAAUCGAAGAGAUAAAAAAUAAUUCAAUUAAAACAAAAAAGCAGAUCCAGAAAGAUAUGCUUCAACUAUUUGGUAUGGAGAAAAUAUUUAGAGUUGCUUCACCAAACCAGGAAUUUUGCAGACUUGAUAUGAGAUUUUUACAUUUUAUGCUGCGGAUUUCCAAUUCACUGUCAGUUCUUUAAUUUAAAAAAUUUAGUAAAUAUCUAUUGGGACAUCCACGUAUUAUUUCUAUAUCUAUGUAUAUUACAAGAAAUGAACAAGUCUUGCAGAUUAUGCUAUCUUUUUCUGUGUUUGCUGUCUCUAUUUUUAUUUUAGAAGAAGGAAAACAUCUCAACGAACAUGUCAGCAGUGUCCAUGUACCACUGGUGAAGCUGGAAGAAUCAGAGUUUUCAGACAUUUUUGCACGGGUUAGCUUCAAAUCAUGUAGCUGUCUUUUUAGAAAAUAUACUUAUUACUUACAUGAUUUUUCAGUAAGAGCCAAAUGUGGUCCAGGUGGAAAGAAACGUUUUUAUUUCAACCAAAUUAAAGGAACAGUGAAAGCAUCAUAACCACUACAAGCAACUGUAGUGGUUAAGGUGCCUUAUUGUCAUCUCACUGUAAUUAGUUAAACCUUUUAAGAAGGGGUUGACCACAUAUUUGGAGUCCUCCUGGUGCCCACUGCCACCUCUUCUGUAGCUGGAAGCUUGGCCACUAGGCUAAGUCCAACACAGAGUCUAAUUUAACUCAACUGCGAUAAUGAUGGCGUGUUGGUGCCAUGGCCCAUUAUUCUCCCUCUUGGGCAAAAAUGCAGUUGGAUGUUGACCCCAGGCACAGUUCACAACCUUGUGAGAAUCUAUGUUCGGGUCUCUCUCGAGAACAUGAUCUUAUAACUGGAAGUGGGAAAGUCAGUGAGCAGCAUUUGCCAGUUUUUGUUACAGCCUGGAGCUAUGGGACCAUCUUACUAUACCAAAAGCCCAAGCAUUGGUGUAGGCUGAGUCAAAGUUUUAACUGACCAGCUAAAGCCAUCUGCACACUUGUGUAUUCUUUCAUUCUCUGUGGGUCAUAUCGCUUGUUUACUAAAACAAAAAAUGAGGUAUUACUCGUGUUUAGAUUUUCCGAGAAGCUAUAUAAGUUAUUAUGCUCUUGGUAAGCUCUUCAUUGUAUUUUGAACCAAUAUCUCAAUAAAAAAAGUAGUUAUAUAAAAAAAAAAAAUUGGAAAUUGCUUAAAAGUGGGUUUUUGCAUUCUUAUGGACCACAAGUUACAAUACAGGUGUGUGAAAGACUGAUAUUCAUACAUCUAUGUAACACUCCAGGCACCCAGACCACUUCUACCCAUUGGAGUGGUCUGGGUGCCAACUCCCAUCACCCUCAACCCUGCAUGUAUAUUUAUCACAGUUUUUCUAAACUGCAAUAAUUACCUUACAGGGUUAAAUCCUCCUCUAGUGGGGGACUUCUGGCUUCUUAAAACACGAAAAGUGUUUUAAAUGACGCUGGACUUCCUCACGCUAUGCAUGAGGACCUCCAACGUCACUUUAAUCCCCAUAGGAAAGCAUUAAAUAAUGCUUUCCUAUGGGGAGGUCUAAUGCGUGCGCACGGCCAUUUGCGCGCAUGCACAUUAGGUCUCCCCCGCCGGCGGGAGGAGUGUGGGCGAAUCGGUGCUGGAUUCAGGUAAGUCACUGAAGGGAUUUUAAGCCCUUCAGCCACAUGGGAGGGGGGUACUGCAACGGGUUUGUUUUCCUGGCACUGGAGAGUUCCUUUAAUUUACUAUUUAUUUGAGAAUUUGUGUAACAAUGGAAAAUAAUUGUUUCAUGUUCUUUCACAAAAGAUUAUUGAGCAACAAAUGCAGUUUUUACAAAGAGAGAAUAACUGGUUAAAUAAAGAACUUCAGUCCAAAUCUGAUGCUAUCCUGACGAUUGAGAGACUAGGAAUGAAAGUUCUGGAACAUCUGACAAACAGAAAAGAUGAGGUGAAUGUUUUUUUUAUCUAGUUAUUUUUUUUCAUGCCUGUGAAUUUUAAAUUUUUAAAAAAAGAAAAUGAUGUUUUGAAACCUUGUUGUGUAGUAUGGAGGCUAUGGAAGAAAAAGAAACAACAGGCUUGUUUAGACCCACAAUUAUAUUCGAGGUAUCGUCAUUGGCUACUGGUGUGACUUAAGGACAAAGUCUCUGUUACGGAUUUCUCAUCAAACCUUUUGUCUCUUAAAGACAAAAAUCAGGGUAGUUGUUGUCUUCUUGAUGCAUUAUAUUUUUUCCUUCCUUUUUAAUAGGUUGUGAGAGUGAAAGAGCAGCUCAAUUUCCUCAGGUUUUCCAAUGAAGAGUUACAGAUUCAAGCUAAAAAUCUGCUUAUUAGAUUACAGGAGGCAAGUAACUACAUGAAUUUAUUUUAAUAUUAUCCAAUGCAUCCCAAUUUGGUACGGUGGUAUGCCCCUAUCAUAAAACCUCACAGUGGCUGCUAUGUGGGAAGUGAUGUACCUAUGGUCCCCUGGGAAGUGCUGGAAUCAGGGAUGUAUAACUUUUUAAAUAGAGAAGGGUUUCACUUGGUGAAUGUGAAUAUUUCAAUAGUAGAUUGGGAUACUCCCAGCUGAUCACAUCACAAAAAGAAAAGUCAGGUUUUUAGGACAAAUUAGUGAUAUAACUGCUUCUAAAGGAAAGAAGAGUCAUGAACAAUAUGGUUUGGUCCAAGUGACCCUCUAAGGGCACAACAGUAAAGUUUGGAGCAGGUCUAAGUCCAGACAUUCUAAUUCCAGCUGGAUGAGACUGGGGAAAACCAUAGUGACUUUGUCGAGUCAUUGCAUGUGUGAUACCAGAAGGUGUUUUAGUCAGAAGAAAAUAGUGUUAUAUUCUGGAUGUCAUUCCAUAAGUUUAGAUCGUAAGGGCCUGUGGUUAAUUUUCUUCUAUUCUGCUAUGGUUUUCCCUUGGUUUUAACAGGCUGAGAGUCUAGAAGAGCAUAUGAAGAUCCUCAGACUUUCCAUUGACAAUUUGAAGAAACAAGUUAAAGAACAUAUCGCUAAAUUAAAAGAGGCAAGUAGCACUGUGUUUUUCCCUUCACUUUGUUUAACCUUUUUUGUGAGCAAGGCUUUUUUAAGUUUCCAUUUGUACUGAGAUUUAUUUUGCACAUUUGCAUCUUGUUCAUUCAUGCUCUCAGCAUACAUAUUCCAAUCAGUAUCUCCUCAUAGAAAUGCAUUCAAUCAGUUCAUCCUUAUGGGGAUCCUUCAACGCCUCUAUGCAGAUCGUGGAGAUGCUGAACGCCAGUAGAGAUAUAACUAGAAAAGGCAGUUUUUACAGUGCGAACACUGCAAGAACAGGCUAUGGACACCAAAACUACAACAUAAUGCUAUAGAGGUUCUGGUGACUAUAGUGUCCCUUUAAGUAUUAAAAAAAGUGUGAGUGGGGCGUGGCUAGCCGAGCAAAGAAGAAGACGUGCUGGUGUGGAGCUCCUGCAGACCACACAGAUAUACAGAUUAAAAAGCCAUGGAGAAUAACCCGAAAGACAGAAAUAUUAAUACCAGAGUACUCCAGCACCCCCCAGGAGACAAAUGGGAGGCAGAAAUCGUAAGCUGACCCACUUGGGGAGCGCUAAGCAAGCAGACAUCCGUGCGUCCUUCGAAAGGCCGCAGCGGCAUGCACAGCCCAAGAUGGCGCCCAUGGGCCCACAAGACUCAAGCUCCGCGGAAGACUCGGCAGAGGAUGACAGCAGUACACCAGCCUUGAACGGCGUGUACGGGAGUGAAGACUUCCCUGACGCCUCACCCUCCACCAAGGGGGAUAUUAAAAAACUAUUGGUGGACUUAAAGGAGGUCUGGAAGGCCGACUGGCUGGCGUGCGCGCCGAAGUUGAUAGUCUCACUGCAAGAAUCUGUGCGGCUGAAAAGAAAGUGGGGAGGAGAGAGCAGGAGUUGCUGGAGACACAGGCCCAAAUGAAGACAAUUCUGCAGCCCAUCCCAUGUGUUCCCUAUUAAGGGUUAAUAAGUAUGUCAGGGUGGAUAGUUGUUAAAAAAUAAGACUUGUUCUCUGCUAGAUUGUUGUCAUUGCUUUGUCACUUGAUAAUAUAACCCUUUUUAAAUUUGUAUUAUUUUUUUUAUUUAAGUGUUCUUCUCCAUUUUAUUAGAUUGCAAGUCAAGCAGAUCAAGCUAAGAUCCUCAGAUUUUCUGACAAUUUGCAGAAACAAGUUGACAAGCUUAUGAAUAAAUUAAAGCAGGUGAGAAACAACAUAUUUUCCCCCAGUUUUAGUUUUGGGUGUGCAAGUGAGUACAUAGAAGUGUGCAGUGCCACGAUAGCAGCUGCAAAUCACCUUUUGACAUAUUUAACAUUGGUAUGGCAUAUACAACAUUUGCACAUUUUUUAAAAUGCAAGAAAUAGUAUGAAAGUAAAUGAUCUAAGUCAAGCAUGUCUAGCUAGUGAUCAGGAUACAUGCUUUGUACUUUCCAUCCAUUCUAAGCAUGACAGGGUAGGAAUGUGCUAGGGUAGUAGACUGUGAGAAUAUAAAAUGAGGAACAUGCUGUCAUACAUAAAAAUAGUGUAACAGGGAAAUAAUACCUCUGAUGGCCACCAAUGAUUAAAGCAUAGAACACAGGAAAAAAACAUACAGCAUUUGCUCCAUGUGAACCUGGAGGCGAAAUAAAGUAUGGAACCUAAUGCUAAAGGCCCAGUGUAGAGCCAGAAUAAGCCAAACACAGCCCUGGCCAAUCAGCAUCUCCUCAUAGAAAUGCAUUGAAUCAGUUUUGAUGAUCUCAGCCAAGGAGGCGAAGCUGGGUGGGGCAAGCCGCAACAAGACUGGCGCUGGAAAUAUGGUAGGGGAGCCGGUCACCUAAACAUCAGUUUUACAACUAUAGUGUCCGGAAUACAUGUAUAAAUGUAUGUAUUCCUGACACUAUAGGGUUAAAGGUGGUGAGUAACUCACUGAAUGUUGACUCAUAUAAUUAUACUUUUCAGGGGGAUGCUGAUGUGCAUUCACACGGUAAUACGAUGUACCAUUAGUUGACCGUUGGAGUAGAAUGACUGUUAUUAUUGCUGCAGAUUUCAUAUAACUGUAAGCUGGCUUGGCUUGUUAGAAGAAACUGCAACAAAUAAGGAUGCCUUUCUGAAGCAGACAUUAUAUGCGAUAUCUGGGAUCAGGGAAGGAAUAUUGGAAUUUCAUAAAGCCAAGUGGGUGAUUAAGAUUGCAUAUGGAAGGAGUUUAUGAUGGUUGGUGAUUCAUUGCUAGUUAGACUAAUUUAAAGAGGAACUGUCAGCAUAUAUUUCUCACUGGGGGAAGGGGCUAAUUAAAUUAUGGUAGACGUGUUGGAGACAGGACAGACAAUCAGAUACGCAGUGGUAUACUUACCAUGUGUCUACUCCUUUUAAUGCAGCUCAGUCAGAGUUAGUGCAUUUGGAACUCAUAAAGCAAAUUCUGUAGAAUAGGGCGGCGUGGACAGGUUUAUUGUGCAGCAUUUUCUGACGACACCAUUUUAUAUUACUCUCAAGGGAUAUGUCACAUCCUAGCCCCUAAAUAAAAAAAGCAUUUCAUGCAUGUCUGUUAAAAAAUGACCUGCUAAGGUCUAGAUCUAGCCUACUGGUUGUCAUAAACUGCAACCUCCAUACUGUUUAUUAUAAAUUAUUUGUAAUUAUCACAUUGUGUACUUGAGGUUUUGUGGAAGUUGUGAAGUUAUACAUUUUGAUUUUGUCCUUCUUGGUUAAUUUUGGAGCGCUCUUUUUAAAAAUGUCAUAUACCUAGAGUUGGUAUGAAUUUUUUAUAUACAAUGCUGCUGACACACUCAAUGUGUUAUUCCCCUAACACAUAAAACAGAAUCAAAACAGAAAAAUAUAUCGAUAAGAGUGGAGCAGUAUGAAAUAGACGUUUAGGUGAUAAACCCAAAACCAAAUAUUAAUUGUAACGGUAUUGCAGUAAUACUUAAUGGUCAGUAGAUGGCUCCCAGUUAACACAGCUCACAGCACAUGUAAAGGGAAUACAUAAAAACACAUGAUUGUGCAGAUAGUUUCACAAAAAAAAUUAUUUCAACACCAUCACUAAUGUAGAGAGAGAUUACCAUAAAAUUCCCCAAGUUGUAAUAGUAAGGAGAUCAGGUUUCUGUCAUACAGUUGUAAAAACAAAAUAUGAGGUCGCGCCAAAAAUUAGUAACAAUGCGUACUUACAUAGAAAGAGUGAAAUAAAAUAAAGUCCUGGUAAAAUAUGUGAAGUAAAAGUAGUCCAAGUUUGAUUGUAAAGAUGAGAGAAGUAUGGUAGGCUUUAUGAAAUCCGAGGUAAUUCGAUGUCCGGAUGACGCAGAAACAUGCAAAUAAAGGAAAAAAUACCAAUCGUGUAAAACUGUGGUGGAGAUGGAGGUUUUCUUGCUCCUACACACCAAUAGUAGAGCUAUGGCCAGCUCAGGAAUAAAUCGCUUUCAGUGGCGUAUGAUCCCCCACUGGUAGGAUAUAGGUGUGGGUUAGUAGUGCAGGUCCUCAAUAUGGGGAGAGAGAAAAAAAAAAACAGAAACAAAUAGUGCUCUCUGUUUAGAAAGGGACAUUACUUUAUGUUUAGUUAGUGCUCGAAUUUGAGCUAGGAUUUUGUUUGUAGACUUUCCUUUCUGUUUUGCUGAAGUUUUGAACAAUGUUUUUGAGCAUGGAUUUUUGUGCACGAUGUAAAUAAACCACACCAUUUUUGCAUGAGAGACUGUUAUUCUGUACCUGUUACCCUAGAGGACUGUGUUGCUUUGCCCUUAAAGGUCACAGUAUUUAGCAGUCUUUGCAAAGAUAGUUCAUGUUGCUAUAGGAGUAUCAAUUAGACUCAUUUGCAUACUCCUAUCUGCUAAUUAUCUUUGACAGCAUAGGGUAAAAGGCCACACACAAGGUUUUUUUCUAAGUGUGGACUUUUACCCUAUGCCAGGGGUAGGCAACCUAUGGCACGUGUGCCAUGCACGGCACUCGAGGUGUCUUUGCAUGGCACUCAAGGCUACUAGAGCCAAACAGGCUCUGGCCUAUCAGGAGUCCCUCUAAUAGGAAAAGGUGGUGAAGGACACUUAGCAGAUAGAAGUAUGCAAAUGAAGUCUAAUUGAUACUCCUAUCAGCAACAUAAACUAUCUUUGCAAAGACUGCUAAAUACCCUGAUCUAAGAUGGUGAGGUCAGCAUUACGUCCUGAGGAAGCCGGGCAGACCGGAGGAACGCGUUGACGUCAUCAAGGGGGUGGAGACUACAUAUACCCGGAAGCAUGAGGCUUGUACUACUCGGGCUGCACUGAAGCCAGACCAUUACACUCCGGACACAACAGCCUUGCAGAGCCAGUGUCUCCAACUCCUUCACAUAUUAUAAAGCUGGGCAGUGAGUAAUGGCCUAUGCCGAGCCUACUCACCACUUUCUCUUGUAAGAGACAGUCUGUUUAUUGAUUUUUUUUUUUUUUAUUCUUUAUUUUUGGUUUGACGAAGCAGAUGGUAAACAUGUUAGCGGUUACAUUUAUGUAUGUGACAGCGCAGUGUCAUACAAUGGUUUACAGAAUGCAGAUGACAGUUGUUAGUUUAGGCAUGUUAUAUACAUCGUGUUUUCUUACUGAUUUUUUUUUUUAACACAGAGUUUUUUAAAUAAAUUUGUUUAUAUUUUGCCAAUGUCAGAGUUCCAUCACUGUAUGACAGAUACCUGAUCUCCUGACUAUUAGAACUGGGGGUAUUUUAAGGGAAUCUCUCUUUACGUUAGUGAUGGUGUGAAAGAAAUUAAUUUGUGAAACUAUCUGCACAAUCAUGUGUUUUUAUGUAUUCCCUUUACAUGUGCUGUGAGCUGUGUUAACUGGGAGCCAUCUACUGACCAUUGAGUAUUACUGCAAUACAUUUACAAUUAACUUUUGGUUGAUCACCUAAAACAUCUAUUUCAUACUGUUCCACUCUUAUCUAUAUAUUUUUCUGAGUUAAAGAACAGUUAUGAAAUGUGUUAAAUGCACAUAUUAUUAACCUGUGUAAUCUUUUUGAGAUAUGUGAGCUGUUUGUAUCCCCUCGAACUGCCACAUUACCUUACUAGACUCUGCUUGUUGUGCUAAUUGCCUAGUAAUAUUACCUGCUCCUCUUGUUCACCAAACUAGUAAAACCUUUUCUCUCUUAUACUUCCUAUAGAUCUUUGAAACCAUAAUAAAAAAAGAAAAUGAAUCUAAAAUAUUGUGUGAACAUCUACAGUUAUCAUUAACCAACCUAGUUAAAGAUGUUAAAGAUAGGCUUACCAAUAAAGAUCCUUCAUGCCUGGAGAUCGGUGAAAAUGAGGAGACUACCAAAGCUUUAUUGGAACCUGAAUGGAAGACUUUACAACCUAUUGGUAAACUGUACAUGCAGUGUAAUUACAACGUACUGGUCUAAUGGUUCUAUGAACCAAUGUCUGUGUUUCGCUACUUUUUAUUUACUCAAAGUAACAUUUUCAAGUUCUCUUUUUAGGAUUCAAUGGAAAAUGGAACAAAAUAUACUGUUGUGCCCAGUUUUUCAGAAACAAAAACAAUAAAAUAAGAUUAAAAACAAACAAACUAAUUGUUUAAAUGGGCUCUCUCAUUCUUCUUUUCUGUCUCUCUUCUAGUAUGUUCUUCUUUUCUUCCUUUCUCUCCUCUUUCUUAAAACACAUAAGGCAAAUUCGGGACUACUUUGCCUUAUGUAUUCCUUUUUUGCUUGCCAAAGAGGAGAUUAAGGCAUGAUGCCUGAUCCUGAUGAACGUCCCUGCUGGGACUGAAACGUUGAUCUUAUUUUUAAUGGAUUACUAAUAAACUGAAUGUUUUAACCUUCAAAAGUCCGAGAGUGCUGAUCACUAUUUAUACAUAUUUGAAUUUUCCUGGAUUUCAAGCACCCGGCAAACAGUCUUCUAAAGCAUGAGUGCAAGGACUUUCUACAUUUUGUUUUAUAUAUAUAUAUAUAUACAGAAAGUGCGGAUAAUUUGAAUUGCAAGCACUAUAUUUAACCCUGUAACUUUUCAAGACACCAUAAAACCUGUACAUGGGGGGUACUCUUUUACUCGGGAGACGUCGCUGAACACAAAUAUUAGUGUUUCAAAAUGGUAACUUGUAUUACGACAAUUAUAUUUUUAGUAAAAGUGAAGUUUUUUGCAUUUUUCACACACGAACAGCACUUUUACUGACGAUAUUUUUGUAAUAUGUUUUACUGUUUUAAAACACUUAUUUUUGUGUUCAGUGACGUCUCCCAAGUAUAACAGUACCCCCCAUGUACAGUUUUUAUGGUGUUUUGGAAAGUUAGAGAGUCAAAUAUAAGGCUUGCAUUUCAUUUUUUUCACAUUGAAAUUUGCCAGAUUGGUUAUGUUGCCUUUUGAGGCAAGUGUUUGUGACUAAGUGGCUACUACAAAAGACUGGACAUACCCCACUUGCAAUACCUUGGGUAGUCUACUUUUGCAAAUGGUAUGCCAUCAUGGGGGGUAAAUCUCAUUCCCGGGCUACCACACGGUCUGAAAGGUAACAUUACUAAUCUGGCAAAUUUCAAUGUGAAAAAACUGAGAAAUGGAAUGUGCUAUAUUUGACCCUGUAACUUUCCAAAACAGUGUAAAAACUGUUAAUGUGGGCUACUGUUGUACUCGUGAGACUGAUUCCAUAUACCUUAUAUACUCAAGUAUAAGUCGAACGAAUUAAAUUUUUUAGCAAUAUAAGCCGAGGCACCUAACUUUACCACAAAAAAAUGGGAAAACUUAUUGACUCGAGUACAAGCCUAGGGUGGGAAAUGUAUCAGCUAUUGGUAAAUUUCUAAAUAAAAAUAGAUACCAAUAAAAUUACAUUAAUUGAGGCAUCAGUAGGUUAAAUGUUUUUGAAUAUUUAUUUACAGUGUGUGUAUAUAAUGAAUGCAGAGUGUGUGUAUUUGUGUAGUGUGUGUAAAUAAUGAAUGCAGAGUGUGUGUGUUUGUGUGAAUGUAGUGUGUGUGUGUAUAUAAUGAAUGGAGUGUGUGUGUUUGUGUAGUGUGUAUAUAAUGAAUGUAGUGUGUGUGUAUUUAAUGAAUGCAGAGUGUGUGUGUGUGUUUGUGUAGUGUGUGUAUAUAAUGAAUGCAGUGUGUGUUUGUGUAGUGUGUGUGUAUAUAAUGAAUGCAGAGUGUGUGUUUGUGUAGUGUGUGUGUGUAUAUAAUGAAUGCAGAGUGUGUGUGUGUGUGUGUAGUGUGUGUAUAUAAUGAAAGCAGAGUGUGUGUAGUGUGUGUAUAUAUUGAAUGCAGAGUGUGUGUUUGUGUAGAGUGUAUAUAAUGAAUGCAGAAUGUGUGUGUAUAUAAUGAAUGCAGUGUGUGUGUAUAUAAUGCAGAGUGUGUGUUUGUGUAGUGUGUGUAAACUGGGUGGGAAGAAGGCAUUUUUAUUAUUGUAAUAUUUUUAUUUAUUUAAAUAUUUAAUUUUGUAACUUUUUUUUUUUUAGUCCCCCCUGACUGCUUCAUACUUGGCCAAGGAGGGGGGAAAUGUCAAUCCCUGGUGAUCCGGUGGCAUUGGCUGUGCAGUGGGGGCCCGCAGAAGCUUCUGCAGGCUCCCUCUAGGACCGCCGGGCUUGUUGUGUGCCCGGCGGUCCUGGUCUGCAUUCGUUGCCAUAAUACAGACCCUCGCUCGAAUAUAAGCCGAGGGGGCCUUUUUCAGCAUAAAAAAUGUGCUGAAAAGCUUGGCUUAUAUUCGAGUAUAUAUACGGUAUGUGCUUUUUUUUUUGCAGUAAAAGCUAACAGUAUUCAUAGGCGUGCGCAGCCUAUUGCAUUAGGGUGUGCACCCUAAAGCACAAACACACGCCACGCGCGUGUGUGUGUAUAUAUCUAUCUAUAUAUAUAUACACACACACACUGCUGUGUGUGCUGUUAUUGUGAUGUGUGUGUGAGGGUGCGUGUUUGUGACUGUGCUGUUUGUGUGUGUAUGUUUGUCCUGUGAGGGUGCUGUUUGUGAGGGUGCUGUUAGUGUGCUGUGUGUGAGGGUGUUGUGUUUUUUUUAAAGGUGCUGUGUGUGUUUGUGAGGGUGCGGUUAGUGUACUGUGUGUGUGUGAGCUGUAUGUGUGUAGGUGCUGUAUGUGUGUGUGCUGUAUGUUUGGAGGGAUUUGGCACAUUAGUAAAUCCUUGCUGCCAUGUGCCAUCAUCCCUGGUGUCGCGGAGUGAAUCCUGAAGACACCUGGAUGAGAUCUGAGCUGCUACAGCAACGCUUCCCCUGUGAUAUCGGUGAGGAACCUGGCGAGGUUCAGAGCUGCCUGGGGCCUCUACCUCCCCUCCGGCGCUGCUGUGGGCCGGUGAGGUAGAUCUUUGGUCUCCCCGCCGGCCCAUGGAGGCUUAGAGCAGAGCCGGCACUCAGAUAGCGCCAGCUCUCCGUGUGUGUGUGUGUGUGUGUAUAUAUAUAUAUAUAUAUAUAUAUAUAUAUAUACGUACACACACACACACACACACUCACAGACACACACACACACAUACAUACUCACAGACAUACACUCACACACACAUACAUACUCACAGACACACACUCACAGACACACACACACACAUACUCACAGACACACACACUGACACACACACACUCACAGACACACACAUACUCACAGACACACACUCACAGACACACACACUGACACACACAUACUCAGACACACACACACACACUCACACACACACAUACUCACACACACACACACAAAUUAUUAUAUUUUAAUUUUAAAAAACAAUGUCCACCCAGCCUCCUACCUGGAGUGCUGGUGGACUUUUCCCUGGGGUCCAGUGGGGGCGGGCGCCUUUCUCCAGUUCAGCCGCGGCGAGGGAGCUCUCUGCUCUCUGCUCCCUCUCGCCGCGCGGGCUGUCUGCUGCAGCUGGGAGCCGGAAUAUGACGUCAUAUUCCGGCUCCCGGCAUCAGCGCGCGGCGAGAGGGAGCAGACAGCAGAGAGCUCCCUCGCCGCGGCUGAACUGCAGGGUGGGGGGGGGGGAAUCAUCACCUCUUGCCCUCCAAUGACAGGGGCAAGAGGUGAAACAGGGGGCACUGAGUGCCUGCAGGAACGCUGUUCCUGCAGGACUCAAACCAUAGGCGUGCCACGGGGAUUAGGGUGUGCCCAGGCACACCCGGCACACCCCGUGCGCACGCCUAUGACAGUAUUAUGACAUUUACAGCUAAUUACUGUUGAACAGACAUAUAGCGCAAAUUCCAGUUUGUGUUUACAUUUUGUUUUGAUCAGAACGUGUACUAUUGACUCCGUCCUGAAGGGGUUAAAAGUACAAAAAUUAGUGAACAACAGCACCAUGACCUUUUUAACAUUUAACAUUCCUAUCUGAACGAACUCCCAAGAUUUAAGUUGGCCGCAUUCCCUGUUGUAUGUCUAAUUCUGAUAUUGCAUUAAUAUGUGUACAGAAAAUACAAAUGCCAGGAUUUGAAAUUGGAGUACAAUGUUUUACGGUUGAUCCAUUUAUUUCCCAAAGAAUGUCUGGGAAUAGUAAUUCUUUUAAAUAUGUGGUACAGCCAUGAUGAUUUCUUUGGACUACAGUGUAAAUGCAAAUACUGGUUGUGCUAUGAGACCACAGUAUUUGCAGCUGUCCUGAGCAGUCCAUUUCCUGCUGAAAAAAAAAAAACCUGAAGGAUGAGCUCCAUUUCAUUUUCAUAUUUUACUGUUUGGUAUGCAAAAGCUGAUCAGCUCACAGCAUGCAUGUUAUACUUGACUAGAUAAAAUACCUUGUUUGCAUGCAUGGUGUAUCACAGACAUCUCUUUUAUAUUUGUUUUGUUUUCUCUUAAUGUGUCUGAUGAUUAAAAAGAAGACACUGCUGCUCUGAACAAAAUUACUAAAGAGGUGGAAGAUUGCAUAGAUAACAUCAUAUUCCAGGGAAAAAAAAUUAUUUCCAUUCAAAAAGAAGAACGAGCCAAACAAAAAGAUAGUCAUCAUGAACAGUAUAAUGAGGUGAAAGAACCCGCUAAGGUAAAAGAAAAAUAUAUCUGAUUAAAAAUAUAUCUGAUUAAUGUUUUUAACAUUUGUGUCCAUAGAGGGAAUAUAGAUAAAUAGAAGUGAUUGUUAAUCUCUAAAGAUUGGGAUUAUAUGUUAUAUUAUCACCAAAAUAUUCUAACUUUCGUUGGCUUACACAUUACUAAAUCCUUUUAGAAGUUGGGUUUCCCACGUGGCAAUAAAGGAACCUGAAUAUGUGAAUGUAGACCCAAAUUGGAACCUGCAACACUGUGGUGAACAGAAUGGUUAGUCAUUGUUAAGCUAGUUGAGAUGUUCCAUCAACCUUUAAAUAUGUGCCAGGGAAUAUAUUCUUUAAAGUUGUCCGCUGGAGGUCACCCCUUGUUUUGUUUAAUGCACAUUAAGUGUAUGGAAAGCAAGGCUGAGAGCACUUUAGAUUUUUUAGCACACAGCAUUCUGGUGACUUGGAAUUGGAGAAUGAAGAGCAGUGUAGCAGAAAUGGGAGAAAUCUUCAUACACUGGAUUGGGUGAUUUAUUUUUUACCUACUCGGCUAUCUUCAGGCUACAGUUUGCAAGCUGGUUCUCAAGUCACCAGAACUCACUGUUUAAUGAAUAAAACGCAAUAUUCUUAUGUUAUUGAAAUGCAUUUCUUGUAGGUUGAAAAGGAAACACAUGUACUGACAAAUAUACAUGAUUCUGCAGAAGAUGAAGUGUAAGUAAAUGCAUUUCUUGUGAAGAUCAUUUUAGGUUUUAUCCCUGUUUUGCUCACCACAUCUGAUAUGUGGAGAAUUGUUAAAGGAUCACUAUAGGGUCAGGAACACAAACAUGUAUUCCUGACCCUAUAGUGUUAAAAACUCCAUCUAGCCCCCCUGGGCCCCUCAUGCCUCCAUAAAUAUAGCAAAACCAUACUGUAUUCAAGCUUUAAGCUGUAACUCUGCAUGCUGUUUGCCUAAAAAAAACAUACAAAAAAAAAAAAACAAGCUGUCUGCUGAAAUCAUGAAAAGUGAAAAAUAAAUACAAAUACAAAAAAUGCAAUAUAACAUAUGCUCCCCAGUGGGUAAAUAUAUAUAAAAUAAAAAUUACCCUUUAUUAGAUUGUAAGAAGAUCCCUCUAAUCUUCUUGAUCAAAUUCAAACAAAAGAUUGUUUUGUUUGAAUCAUCAGAAGUGGAAGCGUGAUCCAAUCACAGUGCUUCCCCAUAGGAUUGGCUGAGACUGACAAGGAGGCAGAUCACUCAUCUGAGGAGUGGCCAGUGAAGUUAUCACUAGGCUGUAAUGUAAACACUGCAUUUUCUCUGAAAAGACAGGGCUUACAGCAAAAAGCCUGAAGGUAAUGAUUCUAUUCACCAGAACAAAUUCAAUAAGCUGUAGUUGUUCUGGUGACUAUAGUGUCCCUUUAAGGAAAUUGUGUAUUUUUAGACCAGUCUAGCUAAGCUAGAAAAUUUUCAUAUUUGGAGAACUUUUCUAGUUUGACCUAAUUUUUGCUAUUCAUUUCUCCACUAUCCUGUCAGGGUUAAUUACUAAAAAGAGAGAAUUCAAAACGAUUUAUAAAUUUAAGAUCAAAAUAUGCGAACUGGGAACAUUUUCUAAGUUAGCUAUGUUGGCAGCUAACCUGGUCUUAAAUUUGAAAUCCACUCUGAAUUUUCACGUUAGUAAUAACCUUGCCAGAUUAAUGGCAAUUUUUUAAAAAUAUUUUUUUUGUUUAUUUGUGUAUUUAAGUCUUUUUUGUGGCAUUGGUCAUGAUUUGAAUUGUUAGCACAGAUGACCCAUGUCUGCACUGGAAUUAUUUUUAGCCUUUUAUGAUGACUUUACAUUUUAUUACUGUAAAUGUUUUAGUAUUUUGAAUGAACGCAUAUUGUAUUGAAUUAAUGAAUCAGCACUUUUUUGACUAAAUUCUUAAAUGUCAAUUUCUCGUUCACUGAAAUGUACUGUCUAAUGCAUGUUUUCGCAGCUAGGUUUAUAAUACCAUCUUGCUGCCAUAAGCCUAUAUGAAAGCCUGCAAUAGCUGUAAAUUAAAAUUUGCAAUGAAGUUCCAUUUUGGAAGAGACACAAUAAUGCCAAUAGCUGCUUGUAGUGAUUAUGGUGCUAUGAUUCUUUAGAUGCCUUCCUAACCUCCCUUUUAGAGCAAUUUGUCCAAAACCAGUCCCUCUGCUGUCCGCUCUGCAACACCCCAAAGAAGUCCUACUUUGAAUGGCAGUGAUAUGGGAUGAGUGCUGGGGGCAGGUUAGCUCAAAACUCUACAAUAAGCGGUGCUUGUUAUGGUGCUUUGAAAGCUCAUUUAAGUAUGGAACUUGCAAGUUCUGCAACAACCUUUUCUAUAUUGUGUUUCCAGUUGUUCAAAAUCAUCAUCAUCUGACACUGAGCCCAGUCCAAUCAUGUCUGCUUCAAGGAAUACAUCACCCGGAAACAAGUUGCAACCAAGUGCCAGAGUAUUUCCAAGGAUCAGCUUGUCUUCUCCCUCCUUCCAAACUCCCCGAAGAGUAACUUUUAUGCUUGAGUCAGAAGAAGGUAUUUUGCUUUUUUCCCUUGCAUGUGUACAUUUUAUGAGUUGUCAUUGUUUAUUAAAUGUGUGAAUGAUGCAUGUAAUUCUAAAGGAAGCGAGUCCUUCCUGUUCUGCAGUGAUUAUGUUCUCUGUGCUCAUUGCUUCAGUCUGGUGGUUCUUUGUAGGCCAAACUAUGAGACAUUUGUAAGAGGAGUUGGAGACUUAGAUGCCAUGCCAUGCACCCACUAUGUGUGCAGACUCCUUGCAAGUCACAUUGAUGUCCGAAUACAGGUGAUGCAUUUGGCACAGGGCUUUCCUGUAACAGUUUCUGUAAACGCUUGAAGUACUCUGCAGUAGAGUGAAUGUGGAGGAGUAUUUUGCACCCUAAUUUGUGCCCUAUGAACUAGUUAUUUGGACCUUGCCUUUGGAAUACUGUUUCUGUUUUCUUUACUAAAGUGCAAAUUGGUUUUCACAUGCAGGAAACUCAAGUUUGCUGAUGUCUGAACGAAAGCAUAAACAUGCAGUAGAGACAGAAAGUCAGUCCAGCAAAGAUUUAAACUUGUAUGGUUUCAUAAAAUCUAACCGUAAGAGAACAAGGAUCUGGAAAGGAACACCAAAGGUACAAAAACACUUUAGAAUUUUUUUUAUUGGGACAAGGAGGGAGCAAUAAAAAGCAGUAAGUAUUUUAUUGUUUUUCUUAUUGUUUUGUCAUUAUACUUGCUAAUGGUAUUAUUUGAUUAUUACCAUUUACAUAUAGGUAAGUAUAAAACAACUCAAAGUGAAUAUGAAUGUAGUUUAGAGGAAAUUUAACUGAAUUUGUUUAUUAGCAGUUGAGUCACAAAAAUAGUAGAGAAAUCUGUGUGGCUUUUUAUAAACUUGAGGCUACACUCAUGUUAGGUUUAGUGUCUUUCUGACCAUUCCUGGUAAUGUUGGUGCAAUAAUUGGAGUAGACAAUUUAAAGGGACUCUGUGGUCACUCAAGCUUUUUGCAAUAAACACUGUCUUUUCAGAGCCUAGGGAUACCUCUACUGGCCACUCCUCAGAUGGUUCCUAGAGGUGCUUCCAGGUGCAGUGACAGUCAAUAUCUCCACCCUCUGCAUGAAGACAUUGAACUUUCCUCAUAGAGAUUCAAUGAGGAGAUGCUGAUUGGCCAGGGCUGUGUUUGGCUUGUGCUGGCUCUGCUUCUGAUAUGCCUCCUUGGCAAUCUGCGAAAGCAUUGUGAUUGGCUGAGAGAUCAUUACUUCUGAUGAUGUCAGCCAAGGAUGCAGAUCAGGGGAAGAGCCAGCACCAGCAGACUAAAAUAAAGGUAUACUUUAUUUAGAGGGUCGAUGGGGGGGCUAGGUAGUGUUUUUAACACUAUAGGGUCAGAAAUACAGGUUUGUGUUCCUGACCCUAUAGUCUUCCUUUAAGCAGCACAAUAAAGUUAACUGGGUAACAAUCAUGAUGGAUAGACAACAUAGUAAUGGUAGAUAUUAUUUAUAUAUAUAUAUAUUAUAAAAUGCUUCAAGGACUAUUGGAUAGUUUGUAUAAAGAGGAAGAAUCUCCUUAGAAUGGUUAGUAAUGGCUUGUCAAACUUUCAGUAGACUUACCAGGUUACCUUCAAUAAUGCAAUAUGUGAGAAGGUCACUUAGUGAUGACAUAACAAGCACCUCUAGUGGCUAUCUGUGUGGCUGUCAUUAGAGGUGUUACCAGGUAGUAAUAUAAACCCUCUCUGAAAAGGCAGUGUUUGUAUUUAAAAUCCUACAGUGGCAGGCUAUAGACACCAAAACCACUACAUUAUGCUCUGUCUUUUUAAGUACUAAUCUAAGUAACCAGAAAUGUCUUUUUUGAUUUUUCACUAAAAAUUAAAACUAUAGCCCAUCUGGUCCCAGCAACCUCAUUUGUUUAACCUCUUAAGGACACAUGACAUGUGUGACAUGUCAUGAUUCCCUUUUAUUCCAGAAGUUUGGUCCUUAAGGGGUUAAGUAACGUUUUAUUGCAAGCUUGUGGACAGGACUUCUGGUACUUCAUGACACUAUCUAAAUAAAUAAUCAUAACAGCAAUAAAAUACCAUAUACUAGUUCUCCCAUUAUAUUAUGUGAGAGCACCAAGCAAAGGAAGGGUUUCGCAUUACACAAUGCUUUUAUUUCAUUAAGUUAAACCACUUAAUACCUAGAUCAAGAGUCUAAAACCGAUUAAUUUGAUUUAUGCACAUAUGUGUUUCAGGUGGUACAAACAAAUCAAAUGCCUUUUAGUCUGUACAAAUUGACAUGUGCGAGACUUACCAGUGGAAUCUUAUUUAACGGGACACUAUAGUCAUUAUAACCACUUUGUCUCUUUGAAUUGGUUAUAGUGCCUGGAGUGGCCUGGCACUGUCCCUCCAUUCAGUGUUGCACCAUGUUCAUGCAGUAUGCCACAAAAUAAGACUCCCUGGCCACGCACAGUCCGGCCCCUUCUGUAUGUGUAGCUAAGGCAGAGAUUACACACUUCCUUGUUGUCAUACCCAUUCAUACCGUCAGUUGGAGCUCUGACAGGCUAAAAGCAGUCAGCUGACACACUCAGCCAAUCACAGCUGCCCAUUGCCUCUCAGGGUAAUACUUCCUUAUUAGCCAAAGCAGCACAGAGGGGAUAGACUGCCGUGGACUCUUGUUUAGCAUUAAAACAUUACAACAUUAAAAACUGUUUAAUGCUGAAAGAAAUGAUGGUACCAGGGGACUCCAGACACUAUAACCAGUUUUUUUUUUUUUUAAUUCUUUAUUUAUGUGAGCUUGGUUUGGCACGUUAACAGCAUCAUACAUAAACAGUGGUAUGCUAAUUUAAAGCAGUACAAUAAAAUAGUGUUAACAUUGAUAUUUCAAGGUUGUAAGCACAUUUUCAUAUAUCCAUCAUGUUGGGUGGCAUACCUGGGGUCUGCUGGGUUGUGUAGGUUCAUUAUUGUGGGCGUUAUACCCCUGGUGUACUACAAGUGUGGGAGUGUGUGGGUGCUCCCUGGUUCGGGUUGCGGUGUGUCAGUGUGUGUGGAGCAUGUAUAUGAUUGUUGCAAGCGGUUUUAGGUUUGUGGGUCUGGAUGCCUGUGUGUACUCGCCUGCGGAGCUCUUUCUAGUACCAGGGUGGUUGGAAUAACAUGUGUGUAAGGCGCUCCGGUUUGAGCUGUACCCUGUGUGGCAUCUCAUCUAGCCCCCUAUCCCUGGGGGUGUUGUGGGGUGGGCGGAGUGGCGCUAGUCGUGGUGAGCGCCUGUAUACUAUCGUGCGUGAGGUGUUGUUUGCCUUUCCUCUGGGGGUAGGGGCCCCGUAUUUGCGGUUGCGUUAAGGUCAAAAAGGACGGACCCAAGUGGGGCAGUGAAGGAAAAAAAUAAAAUAAGAAAAUAAAAAUAUAAAAAAUGAAAAAAAAAAAAAUAUAAAGUAAACAGUGGAGUUAGAAGUCUUUGAAGUUAUCGCUCUGUGUCAAGAGAUGUCUGGGACUUCCGUUUGACGGUUUCGGCCAUGUCUUGCAUAUUGUCCCCGUGCCCAGUCAAGUGUCCAGAGUCUGUAGAUCUCGUGUUGGCUGUCCAGGAGUAAGGCAGUCCUCUGGGUCCCCGCUCUCUGGUCGACCUGCAGUCGUGGAGGUAAGAUGUGGGGGUUGUAGUCCCAGUGUCUUCAGGAAAGUGGGGGCCCCAGUUGGGGAUGUGAGGUGGUGUGCAGUUCCAUUGUGGUGAACGAGCAGGGCACCAGUGUUCCCCCAUCUGUAGGUAAUGCCUGCUUUGCGCAGCGCGGUGGUCACGGGUCCAAAGGUCUUCCGCUUUAACAAUGUGGCUCUGGUGACAUCCUGGAAGAAAGAGAGCUGAGUGCCUUCAAAUACCAGCGGCGUUUUGCCUUUAAUGGCGGUCAUUAUUUGUAUCUUGUCAGGUACCGAUGCUAGACGCAGAAUGACGUCCCUGGGCAUGCUGGAUGGUAAGUGUGUGGAGCUUGUCACUCUGUAUAUCCCGUCGAUUGAUAUUUUCUUGGCGGAUGCCUGGGGUAGCAGUGUUGUGAGCAGUCUCCGCGUAUAAUGCGGUAGCUCCUCAAUCGUUACUGUGGUGGGGACACCUCUGAUUUUGAUAUUCUUCCGUCGUUGUUUGUCCUCCAGGGACAUGAUUUGACCUGCUAGUACGUUUUGCUCUGCUUGGAGUCGGUUGACUGAGUCCAUGAGGGUGGACACUGUGCCCUGAAUGUUGGUGAUGUCUACUUCUGCAGUUCCAACCCUCUCCUGCACACUUUGAAUAUCAGCCUUGACCUUUGCGACGUCUGCCGCUAGCAGGUUUUGUAUGUUGGUCAGGAGGGCUUUUAGGUCCCCUUUAGUAGCGGGGGCUGAAUCAUCCCGGUGUUCCGGUGUUAGUGAGUGUCCCGUCGGGGAGGCCGCAUCUCGUCCGGCUCUCCCCCGUCAGGUUCGGGUGCUCGGUCCGCAGAGAGUCGUUGCGCGGCCUGUACUGGCUCCGUUUGUGCAGGCCUGAGCCACAUCUCCCCUAUGUCUCUGCCUUGUAUGUUGGGACCAGCUGUGGUUUUGUGAGAGCGGCGACCCAUGACUGUGGCGCCUGUGUCCCGACUGGAUGGGUAGUCUUCCCAGAGGCUGCCGCCGAGGUAGGCCUCUAGGUCUUGGAUUGGAGUUGCACGGUAAGCCGCAGGUUUGCGCUUCUGCCUGGUCUGCUUGGGUGCCUGGAAAAAAGGCAUCGAUCGGUGCGGUACUUAGUGCCUGUCAGUACUGGGUACUUGUUGGGGCACGAUAAAGCUUCGUUUGGCGGGUAUUAGGCCGAUUCUCUCCGGGUUCGGGAGAGCAGCUUUAGAUGGCGUCUUAACAGGAUGGCUGCCAGGCUCCGCCCCCACUAUAACCAGUUUAAUGAGAUGAAGCAGAUACAGUGCCUACGGUGUCCCUUUGAUGAAUAAGUCUCCACAGGUAAACCCCAGAUGCAUCGAUUCAUUAGAGCACAGAUUAAAGGCAUUUAAUGCAUUCAUACCAACUGAAACACAUUUGUGCACAAAUCUACCGUUAAAACCAUACAUACUACCUAUUUACCCUUUUAUGGUAAAGCUAGUAUUCAGACUUUUUUCAUUUAGUGAUAGUGAUUUAAAGAAAAGUAAGAGUAGCAUGAAACAAUAAAUAGGUACUUAAUAAUAUCGAAAAUAAGUGAAACACUGCACACAGACCUCUAAAACAUUUACUGAAUUUUAUAAGAUAUCUCUAUAGGCAAAGAAUUUGUUUCCUACUGUAAAGAAUAUUUUCCUUCAGAUACAGCUUUAAAGCUUGCUAUAGAUAAACCCCGUAUCUCUAUGAUCUAUUACAGUUCCUUAUGGUGAAACACCCAAGAAAUAAAGCCAGUGCAGAGUAUGUCUUGGAUGGAACGUUGCAGUCCUCUGGUCAAUCUACACAGUCCUUGUUAGUCACCCCGCCAAAGCGAGAUAAUGUGAUUGUGAUAGAUAGUGAAGAGAUCGACGAGAAUGAUACACAGGUAUAGCUUGCUUUGGACAAUCAACCAAUAUUGGGUGAAAUAUAAGGUAAACAUAGAAUACCUGGCAUUCAUUGUGUGUUUUUUUUCUUUUCAUUCACAGGAGUCUGAGGAAUAUGACACAGAAGUUGACAUCGACACAGAUCCUUUUAAUGACAGUGAGGACAGUGAUAAGGGGAAUGGCAGUGGUGAUGACACAAAUGAAGGUGGUGAUGCUAUGGUAAUUGUCUAUGUCUUUGACCAAAAUGUAGUAGGUGCUUAUUUACUAAACAAGGAACUGGGGAGAAUUCACAAUGAAAUGUCAAAGAAUAGCUGAGCUGGUAAUAUAGGUGAGUUAGUGAUUUUUUCCCCUGCUAUUUUGACCUUAGAGUUGCAACUCCCUUAAAAGAAAACUGUCCGGUUAUUACUAAAGUAAGAAUUGUCGAAAUUCAAAGUGAAUUUAAAAUUUUAGACCAAAAUACCUCAGCAGGAAGUAUGUAACAUAGCUCCUAUACUCAGGCUGAGUACCUCUGUAAGGUCAUCUUGGUCGCUGCCACCAGGACUCUCGAGCGCUACAGACCUAGUCGGCGAAUCAAGACUGUGGUGUCUGGGGACUUCUGUCUUUCCAGACAGGUAGCAUCCUCUCUGCCUGCGCUUCCUCUGUUCCCUCCCAAACAGUUAUCAAUCUAUCCUCCUGUGCCCUCUUGGCCCAGGGAGGUCUCGACCCCUACGCCUGUGCCUCCUUGUUCUAGGCAGCCAUUGAUCCCUAUGCGUAUGACCCUUUGACUCCUUGUCCCAGGCAGGUAUCGACCCCUCUGCCUGUAUCCUUUGUCCCAAGCAGAUAUUAAUCCAUGUGUCUGUGACUCCUUUUCCUAGGCAGGUAUCAUCCCCUCUGCCUCAACUACCUCCAAUUUCUGCCUUUACAAGGACACUUGAGGCUCUCAGGCCCAGUUCUUUCUGAACAGGUCCACAGAACCAGUCAGCAAACAGGUCCAAAAACUCUGCUACUGGAGUCCCUGAAGAAACCAAGCAGGACACAGUUCCCAAUAGAAUUUACAUGGAAUACUUGAUUUACACUCAGGAUUAGCCACGUUAUAGUUAGACUUAUGCGACACAUUCGAUCCAAUACAUAAAAUAAUUAAAUCACUGAAGUGGUCAUGGUGCCUGGAAUAAUCCAUUAAAAAUGUUUUAAAGAUUAUGCAGUAUUGCUUAUUUUGCAAUAUUAGCAUAGAAAAAAAGAUUUUUUUGGCACUUCUGCUGCAUAUAAUAUUUAUAACAUUUUUGUAAUAAAUCUAAAGGCAUUUUUAGAAUUGCAGCUUCUAAAGAAUGCUGCCAGAUUAUAAAAAUAAUGUCUUCAUAUGGACAUAUUGCCCACAUAUAGCAAGUACACAUUGCAUCCUGCUCAUGUGUAUUAAACGUUAAGCUCUGUUUGUUUAUAGGUUAUUUGUGUUUUUUAAGGGUGCUUAUAGUACAAACCACACUACAGAGGCAGAGGAAAGGUCACCUACAGACAGUGGAUAUGAGAGAGCUACUGAUGGUGGUAUGUACAUAGACUAUGUUAACUUUUUUUCUGCUGCCCCGGUAAUCUUACAUGUUGCUUUUCUCUAUUUAUAGAUUUGUUUUACUAUUAUUUAUAUUGAUUUUAUUGUGAAUCAUAAAACCUUUUGGAUUUGUAAAAUAUUUAGAUUUCAGAGAUAUUUUAUAUACAUUCUUUGAAUACAAGUAAUGUAGGCAUAAUGUGAAAAAUCUGUUUACAAGUCUCGUACUUUCAUGUAGACCAAACUGGAGCUAAUGGAUCCACUCAAGAGGAGCAUUUAUCCAAUUUUGCUCAACUAACACCUAUUCACCCUCAAUCACUUCAGAGACCGCUUGAAGCUUUCCAUACUUCUUCAGAGGACUACAAUGCACCAGAAGAGGUAGAAAUAUAA